UCUAGAGGACUGCUCAACCUAGGUGUCCUGAAGAACUGCGGUGGCCCCCCCUCCCCCGCGCGCGGGAGGGAAGUCGGGACGAGGUUGGCCCUCCUCGCUCGGUGUCUGGGCGUGGGCCCCGCCGCAGCUCCGCGGAGCCUCCGUGUCUCCUGCAAAGGGGGGCGGGGGAGCCCAGAGCUGCGGCUUCCUCCCGCGCGGAGUCUCCUGCGCACCGCCGAGCAGGACGCCAGUGCCAGCCGGGUCCCCACGCCGCGGCGCGCCCGGCCUCCCCGCAGCCCACAGAACAAUCAACCAUGACGACCGAAUCGGGAUCAGACUCGGAAUCCAAGCCAGACCAGGAGGCCGAGCCCCAGGAAGCAGCAGGGCCUCAGGGACACGCAGGGGCACAGCCUGGACCAGAGCCCGCCAGCGGAAGCAGCGAGGAGCCGCCAGCGUUAGAGCAGUUCCCCGCAGCUGCCGCGCACAGCACACCGGUGAAGAGGGAGGUCAGCGACAAGGACCGGGACUUCGCUGCCGCAGCUGCGAAACAACUUGAGUAUCAGCAAUUCGAAGACGAUAAACUCUCUCAGAAAUCCUCCAGCAGCAAACUCUCACGGUCCCCGUUGAAGAUCGUCAAAAGGCCCAAAAGCAUGCAGUGCAAAGUGACCCUUCUGGAUGGAUCCGAGUACGGCUGUGACGUGGAUAAGCGCUCCCGAGGACAAGUACUGUUUGACAAAGUGUGCGAGCAUCUGAACCUGCUAGAAAAAGAUUACUUUGGUCUCACGUAUCGAGACGCCGAGAAUCAGAAGAACUGGCUGGACCCUGCUAAGGAAAUUAAAAAGCAGAUUCGAAGUGGUGCUUGGCAUUUCUCAUUCAAUGUGAAAUUUUACCCACCAGACCCUGCCCAGCUCUCAGAAGACAUCACCAGGUACUACCUCUGCUUACAGCUGCGCGACGACAUUGUGUCUGGAAGGCUGCCCUGUUCCUUUGUGACCCUGGCCCUGCUGGGCUCCUACACCGUGCAGUCAGAACUUGGGGACUACGAUCCCGAUGAGUGUGGGAGCGAUUACAUCAGUGAGUUCCGCUUUGCACCAAACCACACGAAAGAACUGGAGGAUAAGGUGGUGGAGCUGCACAAGAGCCACAGAGGAAUGACACCCGCGGAAGCUGAGAUGCAUUUCUUGGAAAACGCCAAAAAGCUCUCCAUGUAUGGGGUAGAUUUACAUCAUGCCAAGGAUUCGGAAGGAGUAGAAAUCAUGUUGGGAGUCUGUGCGAGUGGUCUACUGAUCUACCGUGACCGGCUUCGGAUAAACAGAUUUGCUUGGCCUAAGGUCCUAAAAAUUUCAUAUAAAAGGAACAACUUUUACAUUAAAAUCAGGCCAGGAGAGUUUGAGCAGUUUGAGAGCACCAUUGGGUUCAAAUUGCCGAACCACCGGGCUGCCAAGCGCCUCUGGAAAGUGUGUGUGGAGCAUCAUACCUUUUUCAGAUUAUUGCUACCAGAAGCACCUCCAAAGAAAUUCCUGACGUUGGGCUCCAAGUUCCGGUACAGUGGCAGAACUCAGGCGCAGACGAGAAGAGCCAGUGCGUUGAUAGACCGCCCGGCGCCUUACUUCGAGCGCUCGUCCAGCAAACGUUACACCAUGUCCCGCAGCCUGGACGGAGCAUCAGUGAAUGAAAACCAUGAAAUAUACAUGAAGGAUUCUAUGUCUGCUGCAGAGGUUGGCACAGGCCAGUACGCUACAACAAAGGGCAUCUCUCAGACCAACUUGAUCACCACUGUGACUCCAGAGAAGAAGGCUGAAGAGGAGCGUGGUGAGGAAGAGGACCGGAGGAAGAAGGCCGAGGAAGCCACCCCAGUCCCAGCCCUCCGGCUCGAGGGAAAGUCACCCAGGCAUGGCACCGACUCAUGCCCCUCAUCACCCUCAUCAGCCCAUCUUGACCCUGCAUCUCCCACAGAGCUGCGCAGGAGGUGUAAGGAGAGUGAGAGCCCCUUUCCAGGUUCUGUGCUGCCCAAAGUUGAGCCAGCCUUGGAGUCUGAUGGCCAGGGGAAGCCUUACUUAGGGGACCAAGAUGUGGCAUUUAGUUACAGGCAGCAGACUGGCAAAGGAACCACGCUCUUUUCCUUCUCCUUGCAGCUCCCUGAGUCAUUCCCCUCGCUCCUAGAUGAUGACGGGUAUCUCUCGUUUCCCAACCUGUCUGAAACCAACCUCCUGCCCCAGAGCUGGCAGCACUUCCUGCCCAUCCGCUCGCCCUCCCUCCUCCCCUGCUUCCUCUUCAUCUUCUUCUUCCUGCUGUCUGCCUCCUUCUCCGUGCCAUACGCCCUCACGCUCUCCUUCCCUCUGGCUCUGUGCCUCUGCUUCCUGGAGCCCAAGGCGGCCUCCUUGAGCGUCUCCCUAGACAAUGACCCGAGUGACAGUUCAGAGGAAGAGACCGACAGUGAACGGACAGACACCGCUGCUGACGGGGAAACCAGUGCCACCGAGUCGGACCAGGAGGAAGAUGCAGAGCUCAAGGCACAGGAGCUCGAUAAGACUCAAGACGAACUGAUGAAACACCAAACCAACAUUAGCGAGCUGAAGAGAACCUUCUUAGAAACCUCGACAGAAACUGCCUUAACCAACGAGUGGGAGAAGAGGCUUUCCACAUCCCCUGUGCGGCUGGCUGCCAGGCAGGAGGAUGCUCCCAUGAUUGAGCCGCUCGUGCCCGAGGAGACCAAAGAAGAGAGAGAGAUUUCUGAGAAAGUUGUAUUUUUACAGCAAGGAAGUUCACCAUUCCUUGAGUCUCAGACUAAACAGUCCUCUGGGGAGAAGCUCAUGGAUGGCUCGGAGAUCCUCAGUCUGUUAGAGUCGGCCCGAAAACCCACAGAGUUCAUAGGCGGGGUUUCCUCUACGACCCAGAGCUGGGUGCAGAAAGUGGAAACGAAGACAGAAUCCAUUGAAACCGAGGUGGCCUCCGCCCCGCACUCGCAGCCCCCCAGCACUGAGAAGGUGCUGCAGGAAGCGGUUAUGGUGGAGGAGAGGCGUGUGAUGAAUGUGCAGGGCAGUGGGGAUGCUUCUCACGGGGCGGGGGAUGACGCGGAUGCUGCAGAGUCCACACCCGUGGAUCCGCACAGCAUGAAAGGGACGGAAGCAGCGAAGGAAGAGAGAGGAGAGGUGGCGGACAAGGAAGAGCCUUUCACUGGCUCCCGUGAGGAGGAGCAAGUGGAGGCUACGCACCCUUCCGAGGCAUUGGAACAAAAGUCUCAUUUUGAGUCAUCCACUGUGAGAAUGGAAAGUGUGAGUGUGGACAAUGUUUCUCCAGGAGGAGGCAAGCUCGACAUCUCUACCAAGGAAGUGCCAGUAGUUCACACAGAAACCAAAACCAUCACAUACGAGUCCUCACAGGUUGACCCUGGGGCUGAUCUGGAGCCAGGGGUGUUGAUGAGCGCCCAGACGAUCACAUCGGAAACCACUAGCACCACCACCACCACACACAUCACCAAAACUGUGAAAGGCGGCAUUUCAGAGACGAGAAUUGAGAAGCGAAUAGUCAUCACGGGAGACGCUGACAUUGACCAUGACCAGGCUCUGGCUCAGGCAAUUAAAGAGGCCAAAGAGCAGCACCCCGACAUGUCAGUGACCAAAGUAGUGGUCCAUAAAGAGACAGAAAUCACACCGGAAGACGGAGAGGAUUGACCAGAGGAAUAACUCAGCUUGCACAUGAACCCAGUCAUGUAGGAAAACUGGAGCCUAUGUGGCAUUCCCUCUUCUAACCCAACUGACUUGCAUCUGUCCGUGGAAAAUUCCAGAAGAACUGACCUUGACCAUUAAUGAAAGACACUGGCAGAGAGAUCUUCCCAUAUAAAGCAAUCCGAAUCGGCAUCUCUAAACUGAUACUGCAUGAAGCGAUGAUUAAAAUCACAAAAGAGCUGCACUUUUAAUUUCCACCGAAAUCUCUGUUUUCAACUCGACCUGCACGUUCAUAGCCAACUGUGUAAACCGUGAUCUCAUGUAACACGACCACACCCCAUGCCUACCAUAGUUUAUUAUUAAAGUCUCCACAAAACCACAGUCUCAUAGGUGACAAAUUCUGUUUACAAACAAAUGUUAACUACCCUAAAAGCUAUCAGCCGUCUAGGUCCGGUGUGUCAGAUUUACCCCAGAUUAGAUGUGCCAAUAACCGACUUUAUUCAGUGAACAACUUGAAUUGUCCUUGUCUAAUCUGGUUUUAUUAUUCUUACCCAUAAGCAGUAAUGACUCUCUGACCCUCUAGAAAUACUUAAUGCUUACAACCUUGCUUUGUGUCUCUAAUUUGUUGUAAGGUAGAAUUGAUUCUAGCACACUGAUGUAAUUUCUUCCUACUCCUUCACUCUGGUCUGCGUUCAAUCCAGAAAGAUUCCCAGAAUUACCUAAGCAAACCCUCAAUAUGUACAUUAUCAUUGUUUGAGGAAGAAAACCUGUAUUUUUGUUAGUUUAUAAUAUUACGAAAAUCCACUCCAGGAAGAUCUGCCGGGCUGCUUUUUCUUGUUUUUCUUUUCCUUGUAUUUUUUCAUUGAUUUUUUAUUUCUUCUUUUACUUGAACAAAAAGGUGUUUUAUUUACAAAUCUGGUCCAUAUUUCCAAUCUAGUUCAGAGCCAAGCCUUAAAUUGUACAGAAUUUCCACUGUAAUUAAACUAUUUAGUGUUGAGUUAGAAAGAGCCUCCAGAAAGAUAUAUUCUCCAUUACGCUGUCAACUGCAUCACAGCCCGUCCUGAAUCAUGUUACCGCAUCGCGAAAUAAAAAUGGCAAAUGCAUUGAAA